AUGACUUCAGAACAAGCUUAUUAUGGUAAAGGUUAUGAUAAAUCAGUAUCAUCUACUCAUGCAUGGAGAACAGUUAAAAAUAGUGCUGAAUUUGUUAUCCCAGUUUUAAAACCAAAUUUCAAAGUUUUGGAUGUUGGAAGUGGUCCAGGCACAAUUACAUUUGAUUUUGCUAAAAAUUAUUUAACAGAAGGUGGUAAAAUAAUUGGUGUUGAACCUACACAAGAAUUGAUUGAUGAAGCUAAUGAAUAUAAAGCAAAAAAUGGAUCACCAAGUAAUUUACAUUUUCAAAUAGGUUCAAUUUAUGAAUUACCAUUCGAAGAUGACUCAUUUGAUUUAAUUUAUUGUCAUCAAGUUGUCAUACAUUUACAAGAUCCUAUUCUCGCAUUAAAAGAAUUGAAAAGAGUAUGUAAACCAAAUGGUUAUGUAUGUGUUAAGGAUGCUGAUUUAAUUUCAUCAAUUGUUUAUCCUGAAAAAUAUCAACCAUUGGCUGAUUUUUAUGCAAUUAAGGCUGAUGCAUCAAUUUCAACAGAUUCAAAAGCAGGUAGAAAAUUAUAUGAAAGAUGUAUAGAAGCAGGAUAUGAUAUUACCAAACUACAAUAUUCAAUGUCACAUUGGUUAUGUUAUGAAAUUGAAUAUAAAUUAAAAUGGGCAGAUGCAACUAUAAAUAGAAUCAAAAAUUCCAAAGAAAAUCCAUAUCCAAAUGAUCCAUUGAAAAAUCAACAAACAAAAGAAGAAGCUAUUGAAUUAUGGAAUCAAUGGAAAGAUGAUAAAAGUUCAUUCUUUAACUUGAAUCAUUUUGAAAUUAUAUAUAAAAAAUAG